CAUUAGCUUUUGUUGUUGACUAAAUUAGCACUCUUAAAUCGCCAAAUCGACAUAUAUUUGUUUGCUUGUAAAUGAACGGUGUGCCUUGCCUUCGUGUUCCUCGCUGUCAUGCGCAGCAGUUCAGGAGAUGUCUACAGUCCAAAGGAGCUCUUGACCUGAGUUUGUGUUUAGUGAAGGACUCAGAAGGGACAAUCCUCCUUCCCAUUUUACCUUCCUGUCUGUCACAACUUGAUCUCCAGUCUCUCAGAACCAUGGUGGCUUCAGACAGAGCCUGUGAAAUAGUUUGGAGUCAGGUAUCAUUAGCUUAUCAUAACACUAUUCGCACCAGCUUGUACAAUAUUGCAGCUUUAAAGUCUUUUUUUCUCUCCCAUUGUCUGUCCUGUUUUCAUCAGUCUCCUCUCCAGUCAAAGAAGGAGAAAGGAAGGACAAGUGUUAAUAAACUGGAGAAAAUCCUCCAGGAGCUGUUGGAGUCUCAUGAUGAAAGAUGGACAGAGGAGCUGAAGGGGGAGCUCCCUCGCAGCUUCCAGCGUCAUGGAGACCUCGUGCUGCUGGGAGACAACUCUUUUGCCCUGCCAGUGUGGAAGAAAAUGGAACAUCAGCUAUGGACUGCAGUAGCCAGAGGACUGGGCGCAAAACGUCUGGCAAAGAUGAGUCGCAUAUCCAGGGAUGGAUUUAGGUCUCCUGAGGUGACAAUGCUGCUAGGAGAGCACAGCUGGGUCAAACAUGUGGACAAUGGCAUUAGUUAUGAGUUUGAUGUCACCAGAUGCAUGUUCUCAGCUGGAAACAUAACAGAGAAACUCCGGGUGGCUGCAUUUGACUGCAGAGAAGAGACGGUGGUGGAUUUAUAUGCAGGUAUUGGUUACUUCACUCUUCCGUAUCUGGUACACGCAAAGGCCGGUCACGUUCACGCCUGUGAGUGGAACCCUGAUGCUGUCGACGCUUUACAGAAAAACCUUGAGGCAAACGGGGUGUCUAACCGCUGCACGAUUCACCAAGGAGACAAUCGUCAGCUCCAUCUGUGUGAUGUUGCUGACCGCGUAAACCUGGGACUCAUACCGAGCUCUGAGGGCGGCUGGCCCGUCGCCUGUCGACUGCUAAAGAGGACAACUGGUGGCAUUUUACACAUUCACCAGAACGUUACCUCACCGUUACACAACACUGCAGCUGAUGAUGCCACCCACAGGGUUUCUGGGAAGAAAGCUGACAGAGAGGUGUGGCAAGCCUGGGCUGAUGACACAUCAAACCGCAUCGCUUCUCUUUUAAGGGACAUCACUGGGGCUCUGUGGACAACAAACAUCCGGCACAUAGAGCACGUUAAGUCGUACGCACCUCAUGUUCACCAUGUUGUGCUGGACUUGGAGUGCAGACCGUCCAGAUUUGAGAACAUAAACACAGAUCGCGAGCGGAUGCUGUGACACUGAACAUUUUAAGAUGCUUUAUUUAUUCUUGGGUCCAGCUAAACACUACAACAGCUGGUUUGAUUAUUUGACAGGUUGUGAAUCAGCCUCUGUACUGUUUUUAUAAGCGUUUAUUUAUACAAGUGCAGGUUGAUUCAGUGCAUAUGUUGUCUCACACUCAUGCAAUCCUAAUCACAUCUGGCAGAUGCCCAGACUUACAACAACCACAGCCCAAUCUUAGCAUUAAGUGCCUUGCUCAAUGGCACCUCAUUGUUUCGUUAUACUCACUGAAUUGCCCUCAAGUGUUUGAUCACUACAACCCUUGUAACUGAGAUAUGACUCACACCAAAGUGCAGAUCGUUACAGUAUUUCUGUAUUUGGCAUGAUUGCAAAAGUUUACCUCCAUAGAAAGAUACACUGCUCUGCAUUGUCAAUUCAGCUUUUUUUUUUUUUAACUUCUUAGCCAUAGAUGGAGAAACAAAGCCUGAAUAAAUGAUUGGAGAAGCAGAAUGCAUAUUGCUUCCAUAAAGAGGAGUCACUGAAUGGGUUUCAAGAGCGCGAACAUUAUGUGAAUCACAUGAUACGACCUUCACACUCAUCAGGUCCGAGCUCAGUUGAGUAGUUAUGGGAGAUUUGUACCCAAAUAAGGGAAUAUCUUCUGGAUGAAUGGUGUUCAUCCUCCCAGUUGAAAUCGAUGCCAAGGACUAAUGAAGCGGUUCUGGCAGCUCAUUGAGGUCCAGCAUGUUAUUUUUCCUUUUUCACCCGCAGCAUUUGUCUGCUGUGGAGGCAACACUGGGUGAAAACACAAAAGAGGAUUCUCUACAGACACACAGAUGAAUGUUUAAACUCAGUGAAUGCUGAGUUUUUGCUCCAUUCCUACUUAAGUGUAGCAUUUGGCUAUGUGCACAUUUAAUUAGUCGGUACUACACACGGGAGAGGGAUUAUCAAUAUCAGCCUGAGUAAAGUCUAAAUGAAGAAAUGCAGGAAUAAAUCAACUACCUUCUGCAGUAGAAAAGGACAUAAUAAAA